CCCCCGCUAGUCAUUUCUCCAUUUAUCAGCCGGUAACGUUCAAUGGUUCAGUAGCUUUAUAUUAUGACAGUAGUGGUUUUGAGUUGUACUUCACACGUGAAUACCUCGACAGUUUUUUACUCAUCAUGUUGACAUCGCGGCGGAAGAGUUUGGUCCUUCUUCGUGUCUAAGCUAGUAGCUAGCCUCAUUUGUUUACAUCCCACAGAAGGAAACCCCUGACGAAUCUGACUGACAUCUGCCUCCUCACUCCUUCCUUCCUUCUUUCCUUCUCCUGCCGUUUGAAAGUUAAAGAUGUUUUCUUUAAUGACAGUGGACAAAUAAGAGGGAGGAUGAGUUACUUUGGACCAGCAGAGCUGGUGGCAGGUCUCUGUCACACAGAUAAGCAGAAUCCGUUCCCUCUGUGGCAGAAUGGACACGUCAGCUCCUGCUUCAACCAGCUCGUCCUUGGGGCCCUGCCUUAUGCUGGGAUGGCUAUUUUCAGCGCUUGCUACCUCAGUGUAGCAAGAUGCAGCCUCCUCCAGACGUCUGCUCCCUGUGGUUGGACACUCAGGCUGGUUUCUGCUCUACUGGCUUUAUUGCUCUUCACUGCAGAUGUUGUUCUGGUCAGCAUCCUCCAGCAGGGGGACAUGUACCUGGAUGUCCUUACUGACAGCUGUGCCAUCCUGGCCUGGCUGCUCCACUUGAGUGCCAUAACAGUGCUCCAGAAAAGUGUUUUCAGGGGAACUCGAGGGCCUCCCCAGCUGUUUGUACUGGUCCUCUUAUUGGUCCCUAAUCUUGUCAUCACCUUGACGAUUUACUGUGACAGUGAAGGAUAUUUAAACAUUAGAGAACCUCUUAAACUGGCCCGAUUUGUCCUUGCCUCAGGCCGGGCAUUCCCUCUUCUGGUUUACCUCCUGGCAUUUGCAUUUCCUUAUGUCACUGAUGGUGACUACACCUUGAACAUCAACACAGUGGAUGAUGGAUCCCCGCUGAUCUCAGAGAGUGCCCUGCCAGAUACAGGUGAGAUAGUGGCUGAGGACGGGAGUGGUUGGACCUCUCGACUCUUCUACCUGUGGUUGUCUCCGCUACUCAGACGUGGGCAGCAUGGAGAGCUGGACAAACCAGCUGAUGUUUAUCAUCUUCCUUGGAAACUUCGGACUAGUGUGGUAACUGGGUACUUCCAUCAGUGCUGGGAAGCCUGCAGACGAGGGACAUCUGUGAGUAAUAGGCAGGACCAGUGGCCCAGGCCGGUCAGCAGGCACCUCCUCAAUGGCACCUGGAGUUCACACUACCUGGAGGAACCGCUAGAACUGGAGGGUGAUGUAGGCCUGCUGAGAGUGUUGCACAAUGCGUUUGGGUUGAGAUAUUACAUGCUUGGUCUGUUGAAGGUGGUGGUUAAUAUGCUGAGCUUUGCAGGGCCCUUGCUCCUCAGCAGUUUGGUGAACUUUAUUGAGGAGGUAGAAGCACCGGUGAGCACAGGGGCCUUGUGCGUACUGGGGCUUUUUGCUGCCACCUUGCUCUCUUCCAUUCUGCGGAACGUGUUUGUCUUUGAGGUGUCCAAGGUGGCACUGUCUGCACGUGCUGCACUCAUUUCGGCUAUCUACAGCAAAGCCCUGCGGGUCAGUGGCAGCAGUUUGACUGGCUUCACUCUGGGAGAAGUGGUGAACCUGAUGAGCACCGACUCUGACCGUGUUGUGAACUUCUUUAACAGUUUCCAUGAGUUGUGGAGCCUGCCAUUCAGUUUUUCUGUCACCCUUUACUUGCUGUAUCUGCAGGUAGGGUUGGCUUUUCUUGGAGGACUAGGCGUGGCACUGCUGCUGGUGCCACUCAACAAGUUCCUCGCUUCUCGUAUCAUCAGCAACAACAAGCACAUGCUCAGGCACAAAGACAGCCGUGUGAAGCUCAUGACAGAGAUCCUCUUUGGUAUUCGUGUAAUCAAGUUCUACAACUGGGAGUCACACUUUACCCAGAGGGUCGGCGACUGUCGUAAACAAGAACUUUCCCACCUCAAGAACCUCAAAUACCUGGACGCCAUGUGUGUGUACACGUGGGCAGCGCUGCCUGUCGUCAUCUCCAUCCUCACCUUUGUGACGUAUGUGAUGCUGGGACAUCAGCUGACUGCAGCCAAGGUGUUCACCACGCUGGCUCUGGUGGGAAUGCUGAUUAUUCCACUGAACUCUUUCCCCUGGGUCCUCAACAGCAUCCUGGAGGCCAAAGUGUCUCUGGAACGAAUCCAGUCGUUCUUCAAACUGACCAACCAGGAUUUGCAGGCUUACUAUGCCUUAGUGUCUCCUGAAGAUGCCCAAACAUCUGUCCUUUUGAACCAGGGGACAUUUUCUUGGCAGAGUCCCGAUGGUCUUGACAAUGACAAAGAAGAAGCAACUGAACCUGGAGCUGGUAAAGGGAGUCUGCUUCUGCACACUCUCAAUUUACAUAUAAUUAAGGGCUCCCUAAUUGUUGUGGUUGGCAAAGUUGGAUGUGGAAAGAGUUCCUUAUUGGCUGCUCUCACAGGAGAACUCAACAGGCGGAGCGGCGUGGUUUAUAUUGCGGACAGAGAGACGGGCUUUGGUCUGGCCUCUCAGGAACCAUGGAUCCAGCAUGCAUCAGUACGUGACAACAUCCUGUUUGGCAAAGAAUAUGAUCCCACCUUCUACCAGGCAGUGAUUGAGGCGUGUGCUCUUGCAGAUGAUCUCAACGUUUUGCCAAAAGGUGACAAGACAGAAGUGGGGGAGAACGGAGUGACACUGAGCGGAGGACAGAAGGCUCGGGUGGCGUUGGCCAGAGCUGUGUACAUGGACAAAGACAUCUACCUCCUGGAUGAUCCGCUGGCAGCGGUUGACACAGAUGUGGCUGAACACCUUAUGCAGAAAUGCAUCAUGGAACUCCUCAGGGGAAAGACCAGAAUCCUUUGCACUCACCGUAUAGAGUUUGUGGACAAAGCCGACAUGGUGGUCCUCAUGGACAAUGGAACCAUCAUCAAAACAGGUAGUCCAGCAGAAAUCCUUCCUUUGAUAGAGGCUGUGCCAAAGAAACGGAAGAAUGACAACAACGCAAAAGAAAAAGAGCAGGAUGAAGAUGAGUCCAGUUCACCAUCAGAUCUGUUGGUGGAUGAUGAUGCUGACCAGUUGCAGGCAGAGCAGAAACAGGCGGGUGGUCUGGCAUGGAGAGUUUACCAGACUUACUGGGCUGCUGUGGGUGGAGUGCUGGCAUCCUCCGUACUGAUAUCUCUGCUCCUCAUGCAAGCUUCUAAGAAUGUUUCUGAUUGGUGGCUGUCCCACUGGAUCUCUGAGCUGACAACCAACGGUUCCACUGUGCCUAAUGCUUCAUUCACAUUCACCUCUGCUCACCUGCUGCUCUUCUCCCAUGGAGAAUUAAUGUCUCCCAUGCUCUCUGCUCAAACCUUCCCAUCCAACAACAUGAGCUCUGACGUCAAGUUUUAUCUGAUUGUGUACGGCUCCAUCGGCAUGGCUAACACUGUCUUCACGGGCUUCCGAGCCAUCCUGUUUGCCUAUGGGGCCAUCUGUGCUGCCAGAACUAUCCACAAUAGACUUCUGGAUCGAGUCCUCAAGGCCACAGUGACCUUCUUCGACACCACGCCUCUUGGACGCAUCCUUAACCGCUUUUCUUCAGACCUUUACAGUGUUGACGACAGCCUGCCGUUCAUCCUCAACAUCUUCCUCGCCAACAUCUUUGGCCUGCUGGGAAUGCUGGUGGUGAUUAGCUAUGGUAUGCCCUGGGUCCUAGUGCCCCUGCUGCCCUUGGCUCUGCUUUACUACCGCACGCAACAAUUCUACCGGCACACCUCCCGGGAGCUGAAGCGGCUGUGCAGCCUCACCCUAUCGCCCGUCUAUUCUCACUUCUCUGAGACACUGACCGGGCUGGGAACCAUCAGGGCCAGUGCCAGCUCUGCCAGGUUUGUGGAGGAGAGUGCUAAACGUCUGGAGCAGAACCAACGCUGCCUGUUCCUUAGCAAUGCCGCCAUGCAGUGGCUGGACAUCCGCCUGCAGCUGAUUGGAGUAACUGUGGUGACGGGCCUCGCGAUGAUCGCUGUCAUCCAGCAUCAGUUUCACACUGUGGAUCCAGGUCUGGUUGGUCUGUCCCUGUCCUACGCUCUGUCCAUCACGAGCCUGCUGUCCGGCCUCAUAUUCAGUUUCACUCAGACUGAGAUGCAGCUCGUGAGUGUGGAGCGGACUGAGGAAUACUCCACCGGUCUCGCCAUCGAGUCUCAGCAGCAAAACACAGAGCUGCCCACUGCGUGGCCCGAGCAGGGCUGGUUGGAGUUUCGCGGGGCAGUUUUGGCAUACAGGGACAGCCUUCCUAACGCGCUGGACGGAGUGAGCAUGGUGGUGCGGCCAGGGGAAAAGGUGGGCAUCGUGGGCCGCACAGGGUCCGGCAAGUCCACACUUUUUCUGGCCCUCUUCCGUAUGGUGGAGCUGAACCAGGGUCAGAUUCUCCUGGAUGGGCUGGACAUCAGCACAGUGGGCCUGAGUCAGCUCAGGUCCAGGUUGGCCAUCAUUCCUCAGGAUCCCUUCCUGUUCAGUGGGACCAUCAGAGAGAAUCUGGACCCGUGUGGGCGACACCUGGACCAGCAGCUGCUGGACGUCCUGGACCAGUGCCACCUCCACUCUGUGGUCAACAGAAUGGGUGGUCUGGAUGCUGAGGUUGGAGAAAGAGGAAAAUCAUUGUCUGUGGGACAGAGACAGCUGCUGUGUCUGGCCAGAGCUCUGCUGACCGAGGCCAAGGUUCUGUGUAUCGAUGAGGCAACAGCCAGUGUGGACCACAGGACAGACAGACUGCUGCAGCAGACCAUCAGGGACAAGUUUCAGGACAAGACUGUCCUCACCAUUGCCCACAGGAUCAACACCAUCAUGGACUGCGACAGGGUUCUUGUGAUGCACAGUGGGAAGGCGGUGGAGUUCGACACUCCGGCGGCUCUCUGUCAAAGUGACCAGUCCAUCUUCCACAGGCUGGUUGGUGGGAACGGAGAAUGAGACGUCUGAGAAUUAGAAAAUAUAUUUUUAUACUUUAUCAUCAUGUCGUCCUGCUCUUUUUGGUCUUGGAAUGGACUUAGGUUAAUCUUUUUCAAGGCUACUUUUUUUUUUUUUU